UUCUCAUCUCCAUAGCUUGCAGAUAAGUAAAGCUUGUCCGUUGUGCAGAGAGGGGAGGUGGAUAGGUGCAGAUGGAAGGGCUGCAGAGAUCGUCCUCCACUUUCAGAAGGAAAAAGCGACCUCGAAGGUCACGUGAUGGGCCUAAUUCAGUCUCUGAGACGAUCAAGCAAUGGAAAGAAGUGAAACAACAACUCGAGCAUGAUCCACAGGGUGCAAAGCGGGCGAGGAAGCCACCAGCAAAGGGUUCAAAGAAGGGCUGCAUGCAAGGGAAAGGAGGCCCUGAGAAUACACAAUGUGGAUUCCGUGGGGUAAGGCAACGAACUUGGGGGAAGUGGGUUGCUGAAAUUCGGGAGUCAAAUCGGGUCAGCAGGCUCUGGUUGGGGACGUUCCCUACUGCUGAAGUUGCUGCUCAAGCUUAUGAUGAAGCAGCCAAAGCAAUGUAUGGCCCGCUGGCUCGCACCAACUUCCCUGUGCAGGAUGCACAAGCUGCUCCUACUGUGGUUGUACAAGUGGCAACCGAAGGUGUUGUACGUGGUUCUUCAGCAUCAUGCGAGUCGACUACAACAUCCAACCACUCCGACGUUGCUUCUUCCUCGCAUAAUAAGCAACUACAAAUUCAAGCUCCUGAGAUUUCCUCUCAGUCAGAUUUGCUGGAGUCCACCCAGUCAGUUGAGUACAUCCAACAACAGUCUGUUCCUGAUGCUGUCUCAAGCAUUGCAAUGAGCACAUCUGAAGAGGAUGUCUAUGAGCCAUUGGAGCCUAUCUCCAAUUUGCCAGAUGGGGAAGCACACUGCGCGAUCAGCAGGUGUUUCGGACCAAGGACGUGGCCUGAGACAUGGACCCGCCGUCGCCGAGGGUGUCCGGCGGCAUCCUCUACGCCAUCUUCGGGGGUUCCGGCUCCGGCUCUGGCCCCGCAGCGCGCCGAGGCCGUGCCAAGCCCAAGAGGAGGCAACGGUCGGCGGUGUAGGGGUUGAUCGGGCAAUGGUGGAUGUCAUGCGAGCUGUGUUUAUACUGGAGUGAUGAUCAUGAUCAUAUACUACUGAUAUUGGUUGGUUUGUAUUGUACUCUGCUCUGCGUUAUUGCCUCUUAGUCUAUAAGUGUCAGGUUAGUUCCUCUUUUUUGUUUAGUUUCUUGAUUCAGAUCCGUGAGCAGCAGCUGUUGAGAUCUGUGAUGUUCUUCCUUGAUCUGGUGCAUGAUCUUUUUUUCC